AACGAGCGGUUCUUUUUUAUCGUAAAAUGAUCUCAUUUCUUUCUUCUUUCUAUUGUUUUCUUAUUUUAUUUUUCAGUUUUUACAUCAAUAGAAACUCAUUAUAUGUCGAGCGUUUGAAAGUGAUAGAACAAAUGUGAUGUCGCGUUUCUUUCGAUUCUAUAAUGUAUUAUAGUAAUAUUCUAUGAGAGUGCAUGAUUUUAAUAAUUCGUUGAUACGGUUCACUUAACUUAAUUCUUGAAGAAUUGAUUGUACAUAAUGUUGAUAUUUAGAAACUACCGGCGCGUUUUUAUAUAUUUGUGUGCUAUUUCUUUAUUCAUUUACAGUAGUAAUGUUAUUAUUAAUAAAUGUAUCAAUAAAAGUUCUGUUAAAGAAAUAUCAUCUUUAAAUACCAAAGAACGAAAUUUAUUGUUUCCAAAAGAAUUAACAAUAAAAUUUAAGAAACAAAAUAUUUCGAGCAAGGAGUUAAAAAAUUUGUCUAUACUCGGAAAAUGGCUUCUAUCGUCCGAAAAAUCUUUACCGCUCAUAAUCGAGAAAAAAAGGAAACCUUAUAUAAUUUUAAUUUGGAGACACGGACCAUUCUUGGAAAGAAGACAUAUUAGACGUUUUACUAAUACUAAAUAUUCACCAUGGGAAAAUUGUUCGGUCACUGAUUGCUUAUUGAGUUACGAUUCGCAAGACUUGAAUAAAGCAGAUGCACUUUUAUUUCAUCUUCAUCUUACGAGAAGUGUAAAAGAUUUACCUAUUAGAACUCGUUGGGAUCAAAGGUGGAUCUUUUUAACAGACGAAUCGCCAAUGCAUACAUUUUUAUAUAAAAAUCAAAAGUUAUCAGAUUACAAUGGCUUAUUUAAUUGGUCAAUGUCAUACCGCAUGGAUAGUGACAUACCUGUACCUUAUGGUAGAACUAUUCCAAUAUCGCCAACGAAAAAUUUGUUCAAUGAUUUAACAUAUUUACGUAAUAGUUUUAUAAGAUCGAAAACUAAAUUAGUUGCAGUAAUGGCUAGCAAUUGUUCUGGCAAAAACCAAAGAUGGGAAUACAUACGCUUUCUAAAACUUUUAUUGGCUGAAGAUUUCGAUAUUUAUGGACGAUGUAGGGGAGGGCACAAGGACAUCUAUAACGGUGUAACUAUACAUUCCAUUGAAGAACCUUGUCCCAUCACAGUGUUUUCACAAUGUUUACAAGCUUCCUUAAAUAUCUGGUCGGAACAAAAGAAACGGACAAUAUGGUUUCAUGUGCAUUUGUCGCACUCCGAAUGGAUACCAAUUUUAGUACAAAAAGGCUUCAAAUUUCAUCAUGCACGAGAAGAAUAUGUUAUGCUAUAUAACUGGUUGAACAAAGAAACAGUUUGUAAUAUUCCACCUUAUGCUCAUACAAAUUUAGGUGUAGGAGCAUUUGUUUAUAAUGAAAAAACUUCAGAAAUUUUAGUUGUGAAGGAAAAAAAUUACAUAGGAAAUCAGUUUUGGAAACUACCAGGUGGUUAUGUCGAGCCAGGAGAAAAUAUAGAUGAAGCUGCACAAAGGGAAGUGUUAGAAGAAACAGGUGUUCAAACAGUGUUCAAAUGUCUUGUAACUUUUAGACAUGCACAUAAUGCUGCUUUCAAUUGUUCAGAUAUAUAUAUGGUAGCUUACUUAACGCCUAAUACUUUUGACAUUAUAAAGUGUCAAGUAGAGAUUACUGAAUGUCGAUGGAUAAAGAUUGAUGAGUUUUUACAACAUCCAGAAGUACAUGAAACUAAUCGUAUAUUUGCUAAAAAAAUGAUCGAAUUUUUGAAGAAUCCCAUAGGGAUAACUGCAGAACAUGGAACGCAUCCAAUUACUAAAAAACCUAUUUGUAUAUAUAGUAUAUUAAUGAAUAAAAACAUAUGUGAAUGUAAAAAAUAAAUUAAUUAUAUAAUAUCAUGACAGAAUAAGUAAUAAAUAUUUUUAAAUUAUAAA